AGACACAGUUUUUAACAAUGGAAAACUUGAACCAACUGCAGAUCUACAGCACAGAGCUUGCCACAGCCAUUGUGAGCCUCUCCAGCCAUUCUCAAAAUGGUGAUCUCCAACAGGGCCCAAGCUCUCAACCAGUCUCUAACUCGGAGGGAGCGCACCGAGCUAGGGAAAAGAUAUCAUCUAUUGUUACAAAGAUCAGGACACUGUUAUGGAGUCCGACUGACUUUCUUCAACACCUUGCGUGUCAGAACCAGAUCCUGUCUUGCCUGAAGUGGCUAGGCGAGAACCAGAUCCUAGCUUGUAUUCCCUUGGCUGAAAUCGUUCCAAUCAAGGAUAUCGCCGAUCUGACUGGCGUCUCAGCAACGCAAUUAAACCGUAUCAUUCGUCUAACAGCAACGGCUGGUUUUCUCGCCGAACCAAAAGCCGCCCAUGUCGCCCAUACGCCGCUCUCGGCUUCGUUUUUCUCGAACCCCUCACUUCUUGACACCGCGAUGUUACUAUCGGAAUUUGUCGCUCCGGCCACUCUGCAGAUAGGUCAGCAAGCUCCUCAACAGGGCAGCGAGUUGCAGCAGCAGCAGCAACCUAGCAUUUAUGACAGCAUCCUAUCUUCAGCCCACUCAUUUCAUGUUGCACGCGAGUGCCGACCCAAGUUGAACCGUCAGUGGUCAGCUUAUCUUCACCAGGUCGGAGGCCUAUACACUGCUACGGACGUGGCCGCGAUUCUCACUCAGCUCAACUGGGCCAAGAUUAGCAAUGUACCAGAUGCAUGCAUAUUCGAGGUGAAUGUGGAGUCGUUAUCGAGCUCAGUAGCCCAGUCUCUUGCAGAGAUAUACCCAAAUCUGCACUUUAAUGUACAGGUUCUCGACCGAGACUCCAAUAUAGCACCUGAACGAGAGUCAGAGAACUUCAACCCUCGUCUCACAGUCACGAAUCGUAGACGUGGUGAACGACAGACUGCCAAUGAGGCUGUCGUCUACAUUCUCCACCUCCCAUUACGCUCACCCAAUAACGUCCGCAAUGAGCUCAUGGGCCACAUAGAUGCCCUUAGGAUACAUGGAAGCAUUUUGCUCAUUUUGACGGCUCGUUUACUUCCCGAACCGGGUACACUGUCCGACCCUCAUGUGGAAGCCGUCGCCCGCUCGCGCGAUCUUGUUUUGUUGCAGCUAGCCAAUGAAAGCGAAAUGGAGUUGGGAGAGCUUCUUGAGGUUAUAGGUACGGUCAAGGACAGCAUGGGGAAGUUGGUUGUAACAAAAAAACUCUCCGCUCGUAACGGAUUGGUCGUCUCUUUGGUAGUCAAAUAUGAGGCCAGUCAGCCCAUGUAUGAACUCUAGUGGCGGUUUUCAUCUAGGUAUACUUCACCAAAUUAGUAUCAAAUGUUGCCAUGAAGAAUAUUACAACAUUUCGACCUACCAUGUCAUACGUUUGAAGGAUCUUUGCGACACAUCAAAUAGAGGACUUCGUGUUAGUUUAUUACGUUUCAUUAUGUUCGCAACAAGGCCCCGAGCUUAUUCAGUGAUACUCUCCCCAAUAUUUACAUU